AUGACAGUAACACCGUCAACAACACCAGAAUUCCAAUCAUUUUUCGAAUUACUACCCUUCACGGGUGAUGUUCGUCAGAAUGUAGUCCAUUGGCUCAAGACGUUCAAUGAAGUCUGCGCAACAGCUGACUUUCACGACGAUCAACGCCGAUUAUGGCUUCCGCUCAAAUUACGUGGUGGACCAAAAUCAUGGUAUCGUCUGGAGCAGCAAACUUUGGUGAAUUACAACUGGAAAGAAGUACAAAUGGCAUUCAUUGAGGCAUUUGGCACAUCCAGUCAAAUCGAACAAGCGUCCAGAUCCUUGAGGACUCACAUUGCAUCACAUGAAACGGAAAAUUCGGUGGCAGAAUUUCGGUCAGACAAAGUCGCAACGACAACAAAUAAAACGCAAAACGCAUCACCUCCAAAAGGUGCUUUAAAUAAAACAUCAAAAGCACGAAGAGAAUCAUUGUCGACAAGAAGUCCAAAUGAUGAAGGCAGCGAAGUUAAAACGUCUGAACAUGAACAUGAGAAUGAAGAAGACGUAGAUCAUGCUCAACACCAAAAUGUUCACUUAGUAGCUGAAUUAGCAUCCAACGUAGCCGAUACAGCCUCAAAUAUUGUGGAGGAAAUAACAAACGUAUUCGCAACAAAUAAUGAUGAGAAACAUAAAGAUGAUAAGAACAAAAACUC